AUGUUUACUAAGCAGUAUAACAUAACAAAUUUGGUUUUAACAACGGAUAACACUUCCUCUUCAAAGCAUCGUUCGGACAAGUAUUCUGAUAAGCACAAAGAAAAGGAUAGAGAUGGAAGCAGAAGACGUAGCCGCUCAAGAGAUAGAAGAAGAUCGAAAGAUAGAGAUAGUAGACGAUCGCGAGAUAGAGAUGACAGAAAAGAUAAAGAUAGAGAGAGAGACAAAGACCGUAAAGAACGUGAUCGCGAUCGCGACCGUGGCGAUCGCGAUCGGGACCGAGAGCGCGGUGAUCGUGAUCGGGAACGUGAACGAGGUGCCGAUCGCGACCGCGAGCGUGAUAAGGAUGUAAGGGAGAAGGAUCGUUCCCACAGAGACAAAGAUCGCGAAAAGGACAAAGAACGCGAACGUGACAAAGAUAAGCGCAGAAGUAGAGAUAAAGAACGUAGUCGCGAACGCGACCGCAGUAGUCGUGACCGCACAUCUAACAGCAAAAAAGAAAAGAGUAUUGAAAGGGACCCAGCAAAAGAAUACCGCUCAAAAUCUAGAGGCCUUGAACCUAAAUUAGAUGAUCUACCUCCAGAAGAAAGAGAUCUGCGCACUGUUUUCUGUAUGCAGCUAUCUCAACGAAUUCGAGCUAAAGAUCUCGAAGAAUUUUUCUCAUCGGUUGGUAAAGUUAGGGAUGUAAGACUAAUUACUUGUAAUAAAACUAGAAGAUUUAAAGGCAUAGCAUAUAUUGAGUUUAAAGAUGCCGAAUCUGUACCAUUGGCUUUAGGUUUAACUGGACAAAAACUACUUGGCGUUCCUAUUAUUGUACAACAUACACAAGCUGAAAAAAAUCGGGUAGGCAAUACCUUGCCUAACUUAGCACCAAAAACCAGUAACGGACCGACAAGACUAUAUGUUGGUUCAUUGCAUUUUAACAUUACAGAAGACAUGCUACGCGGCAUAUUUGAACCUUUCGGGAAAAUUGAUCAUAUUCAACUUAUGACUGACCCUGAAACAGGAAAAAGCAAAGGUUAUGGGUUUUUAACGGUAAAUUCUUUUACCUAAUCAACCGGCCUUGCU